UGGGCAAAUGCAAACUUCUUCAUCAAAGUAUUUGUGGCGUCGGCGUCGUAAUCGAGACCGAGAGUGAACUUAACAUAAAUACUCCGACUGAGUUCUAUUUCAUUCAGUUCAAACCUAUCGGCUCGUCAAGUUCAAAGUCAAAGAGAAUUAAGUGAAUAUAUUUUUAUACAAAACAAUUUCAAUUUGGAUAAUGUUCAAUUAAUUUGAGCAAGCUAUUCUUAGUUCUGUAAUGUCGUCAAAAGUGGAGAAAUUAAUUCAAUCAUUGAAUAAUCUUAAUAAUUUACACUACGGUAGUGCAGAAGUAGCUCGUCCAAGUCACGCAAAAAUUGAAAACUUACUCGAUCUUAUAUUUGAUAUUGGCAGAAAGAAAAUACAAUUCACAGAAGAACAACAAAAAGUCGUUGGUUCUCUUUUAUUGAAAGCUAUCAGACCAAUAAAGAUCAACAUUGAAAACACUUAUUGUUCGUUCAGAACAACCCUAGAAUCAUCGGUUCUAAGAAAGAGAUCAGCCUUAGAAUUUUUGUGUAAGGACUACGGAAAUUUUCCAAUACAAGGAACAAAAGCAAAGUUAUCAGAAGAACUCGCCGCUUCGAACAUUCGAGAAAGUAUAUCUCUUCUUGACGAAAUUAUUUCCAAGUGGCGUGACGUUUCUGACUCGGACGAAGCGGAAACAAAUCAUAGUCAGGGGAUUUCUGACAUACCAGUUUCGCAUACUUGGUGGUCUUCAUAAAGUGUUUUUAAAAAUGUUAGGUGGAAUUUUGGACUCUAUACCUGGCAUUGGGCAUGUAAAAGGAGCAUGUCAUUUUUUGGCUGGAGAUUAUAAAGGUGCUAAAAAGUCGAUGUAUGAAGCUAGUAGAUCAACUGCUGUUUUAGCGGGAGGUGCUGCAGGUGCAGUUGGCGGUCCAGCAGGUAUGCUUGCUGGAGCUGCUGGUGCUGGGGCAGGUUUUGACACUGUAACAAGCAUCGUUACCGGAGAGACGCGCGGUGUCAUUACGGGUCUAGCUGAUAUUGGUGAAGACAUUUGUAAUGGAAACGUGCCCAUCGGCUCGGUGGCUCGGACCGCUUUAACUGUUGGUGCAGACAUGGUUGGAGGAAUGGCAGGCCCUUCUCUUGGUAGUUGUGCAACAAAAAUUAUAUCUGAAUCUGGCGGUAAAGCAAUGGCAACAACGAUUGUAAAACAGCUCACUAUAAGUCAAGCUGAGGUUGUGAUGCAAUCUUCAGCGGCUUAUGUUGCUUCACGUGGGUUAAUCGAUGAGUCUAAAUCCUUCCGUCAUAAAAUUUCAUUUGACGAUGGUCCAUCUUCUUGUGGAACCACUUUUCCAUCUGAGCCGUCGAAACCUUCGAGUUCUAGCAGCGGUCAGUCAGGUAAAUCAGGUCAAUCUCAAUCCUCAAAUGGUAGUGGUUCAAGUUCUGGUGGUCAACCAUCUGAGCCGUCGAAACCUUCGAGUUCUAGCAGUGGUCAGUCAGGUAAAUCAGGUCAAUCUCAAUCCUCAAAUGCUAAUGGUUCCAGUUCCGGUGGACAACCACCACAAAAAAAUCCAAAUAACAACAAUAAUAACAAUAACAACAACAACAACAACAAAAAGGAUCAACAGAAAAAGAAAAUCUUAGCCAAAUGGGAACAACUACUUUUGGAAAUUUUCGAAAAAGAAGAUUUGGAUGAAAUUAUUAUCAACGAAUGCAUUAUUUUCACAGGAUUAAAUGAUUUUCAGAGAAAAGAAUUCAAAGACUUUUUUGCAAUUGUCAAAAAAUCUGCACACAUGGAUAUAAAGAAAAUUUUGAAAAUAGCAAAAGAUUUGCUAUCGAGAUUCGAGACCGAAUAUGUAAAUUCUCAUAAUUUUCUUAAUAUUGCCAAAUUUAUUUUGGCCUAUGUAUCAGAGAAGCUAAAACAGCGCAAUGAUGCUUACAAUGAAUCUAAUAAUCCUGAUCUUUCUACUGACUUGAAUGUAAGAUUACAACAACUUGUACAAAUUAUUUUAUCAGAAAGUUGUGUUAUUAUUGAAGUAUUUCAAAACUUACAAAACAAGAUUACGGAAUUGAUAAAUAAAAUUGAUCCGACAUUUGUCAAUGUCAUUGCUGCUGUUUAUCAUUACAUCAAGCACAAAUUUAUCGCUGUUAAAAAUAUUCUAUUUGAACCCGAUGAAUAUUUCAAACUUGCUAAAGAUAUGAUGGUAAAAUUGAAGACUCUGCCAGAGUAUAAGGAGGCAGUUGAUUCUGGUGAGAAGAGAAUCGUUUAUGAAAUAUAUAAUGGAGAUAUUGGAAGGCGACUUGUAAUUGUAAUAAAAAAACAAAAUGGCAAAUGGAAUUUGGCAUCGGUUUAUUAUGAAGAUUGUGAGCGUGAAGGUGAUGAAGAUGGAGAUGAAUGGAUAAAUGGCAAAAAGAUUCUUCGCAAAAAACCAUGAUUACCUCUUCAAAUUUAUUCUUAUUUUAUUUUAUUACAUUCUUUAUUCUUAUAAUUACACAAGUUUAUAAUAUUCAAUCGUAGAUAAUUAAUAAA